UAUCUAAUGAGUGUUUGGAUCAACUAUGAUUUCAUUCUCAUUCUCUCUCUCUCUCUCUCUCUCUCUCGCUAUUGAAAUCAAAUGGGUUCAUUGGGAUUUCUGUUUCUUGUUCUUCUUCCCCUUUCAUUCCCUCAACUAUUCUUCCAGCAGUCCUCAGUAUUGUUGGUGAGAGGAGAUGCCAAGCUGAUCCAAAGAACAUGCAAGAGCACCAAGCACUAUGACCUCUGCCUCUCCUCCCUCAGAUCAAACUCUUCAAGCCUGAAAGUCGACACAAAGGGAUUGGCGACCAUCAUCAUCGGCAUUGGAAUGGCAAACGCCACAGACACGUACUCAUACUUGUCGUCUCAAUUGCUGAGUAAUACCAACGACACAGCGCUGAAGACGGUGCUCAAAGGGUGCGCUGACAAGUAUUCAUACGCCAACGAUGCUUUGCAAGGAGCUCUCCAGCAACUGGCUUUAGAUUCCUACGACUACGCCUAUGUGCAGGUGUCCGCCGCGGUCGACUAUCCCAACGUUUGCCACAAUGCAUUUAAGCGGUAUCCAGGGCUGACCUAUCCGCCGGAGCUAGCUCUCAGGGAGCAAGCUUUGGAGAGUGUCUGUGAUGUGGCUUCAGGCAUAAUUGAUCUUCUUGGUCGAUAAUUUGUUAUCCCUUGUUUUCUAACAUUUCUAGCUCAUCUCUCUCUAGUUUUUGGUGACAUUUCUUCUUUCCAAUCUUUCAAUUGUUACUACCAUUAUAUAUUAAAAUAAAUAAAGAUGUUUAUUAAUGGAGA